CAAACUUGCUCCCUUCUCCACGUGUGAACGCAGUGCAGCACAUUGGCAGGUCGGCAGCUCCACGAUGAAGCGACCGAAGUUAAAGAGAGCAAGUAAGCGGGUAUCAUGUUCCAAACGCUAUAAAAUACAGAAGAAGGUCCGGGAUCACAACAGAAAGUUAAAAAAAGAGGCAAAGAAGAAAGGAGUUAGCAAGCGAGUGAAGAAGGAUCCCGGCGUGCCCAGCAGCGCUCCCUUCAAAGAGGAGGUCCUCCGAGAGGCCGAGCAGAGGAGGCUCCAGAUUGAAGAGGUGAAAGAGAAAAAGAAACAAGCUAAGAAAGAGGAGCGAGCCCAGAAGAGGAAAAAGGAGAAGGACACUGCAAGUAAAGAAACAGAACCCAAGGCCAAGAAGGCUCGACAGGAGGUGGUUGUAAAGCAGUCAGAGACACCAUCUGCCCCAGACAAAAACGCAAGACCAUACCUUUGCUCUGAAUUAAAUAAGGUAAUUGACGCAUCCGAUGUAGUAAUAGAAGUCCUUGAUGCCCGUGACCCACUGGGGUACAGGUGUCCACAGCUGGAGGAGGCGGUGCUGCAGAGGGAAGGCAAUAAAAAACUGCUUUUGGUUUUAAGCAAAAUAGAUCUGGUACCACAGGAAAAUGUGGAAAGAUGGAUACAGUGCUUACAACAGGAGUUUCCAGUGGUGGCGUUCAAAGCAUCAACACAGAUCAAGGACAAAACAGUGCAAGCCAGGAAGAGCAGGUUCGUGGCCUCCAAUGAAGUCCUGGACAGAUCCAGAGCAGCUGCCUGUUUUGGAAACAGUUGUCUCACGGAGCUCCUUUCACGUUUUGCUGUUAACAAACAGAAUGAAGCUUCACUCAAAGUGGGGGUAGUUGGUUUUCCAAAUGUGGGGAAAAGCAGUCUUAUCAACAGUCUGAAGGGGAUCCUUGCAUGCAAUGCUGGCGUAAAGAGAGGCAUUACAAAAUCCAUGCAGGAGGUGCACAUCUUAAAGAAUGUGAAGCUGAUAGACAGCCCGGGAGUCCUGGCAUCACCAGUCAACCCACCAGCCUCCAUGGCUCUGAGGAGCCUGCAGGUGGAGGAGGGCCAGGAGAGUAAGCUGGAGGCCGUCAGGACUCUGCUCAAACAGUGUGACCACAGCCAGAUCAUGCUUCAAUAUAAUGUCCCAGACUUCAGAAACUCUCUGGAGUUUUUAACUCUUUUCGCCAAAAAGCGUGGAUAUCUGCAGAAGGGUGGAGUCCCUAACACAGAGCAGGCAGCCACAGCAUUCCUUGCUGACUGGACAGGAGCCAAGGUGAGCUACCACUGUAAGGCGCCGGAGAACCCCAGCCUCCCUGCCUACAUGUCCGAUGCUGUUGUUGCAGAAAUGCAGAACGGCUGGGAUCUUAACAAUUUGAAAACGGCCAACGAGGAAACUCUAAAAGGUGUUAAAUUCCCGAGCCAGGCCAGCAGUAUAGGCUUCCUCUCUAAAGGCCCAACAGCAGGCCUCCUGAGUGUCGUUGAUUCCUCUGAAGAAAAACCUGCUGCUGCAGAGAUGGAGGCAGAGCAGAGUAAUGAGGCUGUACCAGGUGCUGAGGAGGCAAAUAAAUCAGAAGCACCAGAUAAACCACAGAAGGCGCCACUCAAAAAACAACCAGGCCAUGUGCAGUUCCAGUCUGUCCCCAUUGACAUCAGCCUUUCUACAGCAACAACGGAUGACGCCUAUGACUUCAACACACAUUUUAAAUGAACUUUGUAUCUCUUUUGUCUGGGGGACAUGCAGACAAACACGAACAUGCUGAUAUAAAGAAUCACUUUCAGGGUGCCUUUGACCACCUCAUGACAGGCAAAGUUGAUUCAGAAUCAGUUUGAAAGGCUUCAGGGCAGUCGUUGUUCUUGCCCUGCCUUUAAACGUUGAAUCUGGAAGACGGUGGGACAGUUUACAGACAAGGACUGUCCGUUUAUCCUAGACAACAUUUUUCAGUUAACUUAAUUGAAUAAUUUGUCUAGGAUUUGACUAGCAAAACAAUGAACUUCAUCUAUUAUGUGGUCAUGUAUAUAUCCACUUACUACUUCUUCCAGUUGUCGGUGAAUAAUCGCCUGCUUUAAAUGUCCAGAGGUCAUUUGUAAUUUUGGUUUUCAUGCAAAAUACUGUAUAUAGACGAUGUACUAUAAAUGUAAUAAACCCUCUACAAAGCUUA